AUGGGUGACCAGGCCCGCCAAUUGGCCGAGCAUGAUAAGAGACCCUUCCUUCUUUUGGUUAUGUUGUACUUCCUACAGGGUAUUCCAAUUGGCUUGACUUUUGGUACAGUUCCCUUUCUGCUCAAGUCGAUGGUCAAAGAAACAACUUUUACACAAUUGGGCCUUUUUACGAUGGCCACCUAUCCUUAUUCUUUGAAGAUUCUAUGGUCACCGAUAGUCGAUUCCAUGUAUAAUGUCAAGAUCGGUAGACGCCGGUCGUGGAUAAUACCAGUUCAGUUGGUAAGUGGUAUUAUACUGUGGAUCAUUGGGAUUGGGGUGUCGCGAAAUGUUAUUUUCGCAGGAGUAGAUAACUCAUUUCAUCCAGAGAAUGUUAGUGGUGGCGUCACAGCGUCCAAACUAAACAUUACGACACUGACCGCGAUUUUCUUCAUUCUUAUAACCCUCUGCGCAACGCAGGACAUUGCAGUAGAUGGGUGGGCAUUGGAAAUCCUUUCUCAAGAUUCUUUGUCGUAUGCAUCUACAGCUCAAACCAUUGGCUUGAAUACGGGCUAUUUCCUUUCGUUCACCAUUUUCCUCACGUUCAAUUCCAGUCAUUUCAUGAACAAAUAUAUCAGAACAGUUCCACAGGAAUUUGGUUUGAUAAGCCUUGGUGGGUAUCUUCAAUAUGCAGGUAUCAUUUAUCUGGUGAUUACAAUUUAUGUUAUAUGGUGCACUUCAGAAAGGCCAACCGAUAUUCCAGUUUUACCCACAAAGAAGAGCGAUGAGAAAGUAGAUGAUUUUAUCGACUACAAUGUUGAUACAAAUCCUUCGCACAUGAGUCUGGUGAAUGUUUAUCGAUCAUUCUUCGAAGUAUUAAAGUUACCCAGCGUCCAAUCGUUAAUGGGAAUUCAUUUUCUCACUAAAUUUGCAUUUCAAUGCAAUGAAGGUGCCACCAAUUUGAAAUUGCUCGAGCGUGGGUUCAAAAGGGAAGACUUGGCCAUUACAGUUCUCAUAGAUUUCCCUUUCGAAAUUAUCUUCGGCUACUACGUGGCUAAAUGGAGCAAUGAUAGCAGUCUUUCCUCCAGACCCAUGACACGCCCCAAUGCGUUAACCAGGGCUCUUGUUGGCGAGACAGGUACAUUAACACCAUGGUUAUGGGGAUUUCUAGGAAGGCUGACUGCGGCAUUCAUGGCAAGCAUCUUAAUCGCCCAAUUUCCGACCGACGGGCUGAUCACCAAGAAGUACUUUGUGAUGGUGAUUCUUCAACACUUAUUAGGAUCAUUCAUGACAACGGUUCAAUUCGUUGGCAUUUGUGCUUUCCACACUCGGAUUGCAGAUCCUGUAAUUGGAGGUACUUAUAUGACCUUGCUGAAUACCCUGAGUAACUUGGGCGGGACGUGGCCAAGGUUUUUUGUUUUAUCCAUGAUCGACCGCUUUACCGAGCACCAUUGCAUCCAUCUUGGCAGAAUAAUGAGUGAGCACUCCGAGGAGCAAAGCUGUAUCGCAAUUGAAGGAAAGUGGGUCAUGACACAGGAUGGCUUUUUCAUUACUAACGCCUUCUGCGUUACGGUUGGAUGUCUGCUAUAUUUUGGAUUCAUCAAGAAGAAAGCGCAACAACUUCAAAAGCUUCCCAUUUCCUCAUGGCAAUGUCAUUAA